AUGCCUCCUAUGAAGGAGGCAUUAGCUGUUUACUGGUCAGCAGUGCUGCCAACCGUACGGAUGUGCUAUGGUCUCGAUACGGUUGAGUGCAGAAAGCUUGCUUAUGAGAUGGCUGUUUAUUAUAAUUUGAAUAUUCCAAAAAACUGGGAAGACAAGAAGAUGACAGGAAUUGACUGGUUAUAUGGGUAUAGAAAACGGCAUCGUGAUUUAACCUCAAGAAAGGCUGAACCUUGUAGCCUGACCCGGGCAACAUCAUUCGAUCGUUACAAUGUGAAUGAUUUUUUUAAUAAUUUGGAAGAUGUUAUGCGGCGAUGUCCUAGUUUUGCAGAUGGCAGUAGAGUAUAUUGUCUAGAUGAAACUGGGACCACUACUGUCCAGAAACCCAAAAAAGUAAUUGCAGCAAAGGGAGCUAGACAGCUAAAUAAAGUAACAAGCGCCGAGAGAGGUACACUCGUUACCACGUGUUGUGCUGUGGCUACAACGGGAUCAGCACUACCUCCAGCAAUGGUGUUUCCUAGAAAGCAAUACAAGUCUUUCAUGAUUAAUGGUGCACCAGUAGGAACCCUAGGUCUAGCACAACCACCGGAUGGAUGA